AUGUUUGAUGUCGCUGAAGAGGGCGUCGACAACUAUGUGUUGUGGACCUCGGAAGAAGAAUUCAAAUAUGGACUCAUGCAAGCAGUCACAGACGCCUUAUCGACCCCCUCAACGAAACUCAGCCUGGUGCCGUGUGCCAAGAGAGGUCCAUAUUGGGAGCCCUCGGAGCCCGAAAGCAACCGCGGCAUCGUCGUUUAUGGCGUCCUCCUGAUCUCGCCAGCCCUCGACACUGGAUGUGCGGAUUUCGAUUUCAUCGUAGAGACCAUUGCACCAACAGCUUCGUCGUGCGAGAUUCCUCAGCGACUCGAGUCGCAUGGGCUGUGGUGGACACCUGUACCUCAAUAG